ACUUUGCUCCCGUUCGCUCUUGCAAAGUUAAAAACAGACUUUGUUUAUCUUGCGGGUUGUUUUCUGAAAUGCUCUCCGACUAGUUAACCUACUUUCCUUUCCACGCUGGGCGUUAUUUACUCACCUUAGAGUACGAAACCCUCCGUAUUUCACUCCUCAUUUCUAUAGCAGAUCCUCUCUUUGUAAUUUAAUUUAAUUUUUUUUUUUGUUGUGUUUUCUGCAAUUGAUACCGUGCUGCACGAAAACAAAAGCGUCUGGACUCGCGGUCUUCCCCCUCGAGCACGUGCCAUUUGUCAAAAAGACUAAAUCUCUUCUGCAGACGUUUUGUCUGCUGAUUUUUGUUGGGGGUGUGCAAUUUGUUGCAGCUGAAGCUCGACAGGAGAAGCUCACCGUGAGGAUUUUUUUUUUUUAAUCGAGCAUUAGGAGAGCGCCAUGGCGACCGAAGUGGAUACGUGGUCCUCCGCUCCAAAAGUCGACGGGGUGUUCUCUUUUGACGACAACCUGGCAGAGGUUAACCAUCCCUACAGCGUUGACGAUGACUUGCUGAACGAGGCGGAGGUGAACGGUAACUGGACUCCUCAAGAGAAAGCUCUCCACGAGGCUCGACUCAAGGCCAAAGCCAAGCGCCGCCUGCGCAAGUCCUCACGCAACUCCACCAGCGAGUCCUUCUCCGAGUCCGGAGAAUUGUCAGGAAGUGACCCGCACAGUCCAAAGGGCAAAGUCAACGUCAGUGACCGCAAAUCCAGGACGGGAAAAGGCAGAGGCCUGCCAAAAAAAGGUGGAGCAGGUGGUAAAGGAGUUUGGGGGGCUGCUGGGAUGGUUUAUGAAGAUGAGGAGCCUGAUCUGCGGGACCCCAACUACGAUGAGUCUGCUCAGGGGGACACAGUUUAUGCAACAGUUGUGCCUGAGGUAGAUGAGAAAGAACUUGAAAAGAUGGUCAACCCAAUUGUACAGGAGUACUUUGAACAUGGAGACACCAAAGAGGUCCAGAUGUUGCUGAAGGGGCUCAACCUGGGCUCUCAUAAGUUCGAGUUCUCCUCCCUGGCUGUGGCACUGUCCCUCGAAGGCAAAGCCAGCCACAGAGAGCUGACCUCCCGCCUGCUGUCUGAUCUGUCGGGCAAGAUGCUGUCACAAAGUGAAAUGGCCCGCGCCUUUGACAAGAUACUCAAAGAGCUGCCAGACCUGAUACUGGACACACCGGAGGCUCCGCAGAUGUUGGGCCAGUUUGUAGCCCGAGCCAUAGCAGACCACGUCCUCCCCAUGUCUUUCCUGGACUUUUACAAGGGCAAAGUGGACUGUGAGCAUGCCAGAGUGGCGUUGGACCGUGCCGAAGUGCUGCUGACCAUGAAGAGGGAGAUGGUUCGUCUGGAUAAUGUGUGGGGCGUGGGUGGAGGCCUGAGACCUGUCAAACAUCUCGUCAAAGAGAUGAACCUCCUGCUCAAGGAGUACCUGAUAUCAGGAGACGUGUCGGAGGCAGAGCACUGUCUGCGGGACCUGGAAGUCCCACACUUCCACCAUGAGCUGGUCUAUGAGGUUGUAGUGAUGGUGCUGGAGUCGAAAGGAGACACUGCCAGUCAUAUGAUGAUAAAGCUGCUGCAGUCCUUCUGGAAGACGGGACUCAUCACUGUGGAUCAGAUGAACAGGGGUUUCCAGCGUGUCUACGAUGAGCUCCCAGAAAUCAACCUUGAUGUGCCGCAUGCCCACUCUAUCAUGGAGACCUUUGUGGACCUCUGCUACCAGGAGGCUGUCAUCACCAAACAGCUGAGGGAUGCAUGUCCCGCCAGAGGACGAAAGCGUUUUGUGAGUGAGGGAGAUGGAGGAGCGAUAAAGAACUAAUCCACAAGAGGAAGAGGAAGAGGAAGAGGAGGAGCAGGAGCAGGAGCAGGAGCAGGAGCAGGAGCAGGAGCAGGAGCAGGAGCAGGAGCAGGAGCAGGAGCAGGAGCAGGAGGAGGAGCAGGAGCAGGAGGAGGAGGAGCAGGAGGAGGAGGAGGAGGAGGAGGAGGAGGAGGAUGAUGAUGAUGAUCGGGGGGGGGGGGGGUCUACAGGUUGUUACACCCAGAUUCCGCUCCAGCAUGUUUUUCUCUGAAACCAGGCAUGCUGGCAGUCUUAAGUUUCCUUGUUCCUCCCAAUAAUGUUGUCAUUACACAAACAAGCAUUGACGUUUGGUGAAAGUAGACUGAGGAGUCGCCCAGGUUUUCAGUUUCAUUCAUCUUGUUCAUCACUGUUUUUGACAUUUUUGUUGUAAGAAAAUUCUGAUUCUGAUUUUUUUUGGGGGGGGGUUGACACACCCCUCUUUCCUCAGUCUUUCUACCUGUUUCUCAAGAAUAGUUUGAGUCAGCUGCAGAAAGACAGGGUGACAUUCAGGGGGUGUGUGGGAGAUGAAUGUGGGUGUUUUGUCUCUGGCUUUGCUUCACCUGUUGCCAUGUUUCUAUUUUUUUUUUCCAUGUCAAGUGCUACAAAUGAAAAAAGCAAUUAAAAGACAGCUGAUACUGUACAGUCAGUGAGCACUUGGUAAUUUAGCUCAACAAAGAUCUAAACCUUUUUUUGUAUUUUCUGCCACAAAUUAUUUGACAUUUUUUAAAGGACUUUGUACCAUCUGGUUUAAGUGGUUCUAUCAUGUCUUUAUGAACAGGAGUUUUGGUUCUUUGGCUUUUCUUUUUUUGCAUCUUGGUUCCCUGAGAUCAAAUGUUAACUUGUAUUAAGCAAAGAAGUCAACGCAAUAGGUGGUUAUUUAAAACUUGCAUAAGGGCACAUAUACUUUGGAGGCCCUUUUCUCUAAAAAUUAUAAAAAUAAAUUGGGGUUAAUGUGUGGUUUAAGAAAAGAAAAAAAGUAAAAAGAUUGAACAUGCACUAUUUCUGAGCACUUCCUUGCAAUAAAUUCACAGCUCACAUGGUUGGAAAUGGAUUCUGUACAGGUAACCGUAUAUUAUAAAGCCAAACCAAAUGAACAGAAUUAAUCUGGGAAUUGUCUUUAAACUUGUUUACCUGUCUGAUAUAUCUGUGACAUGGCAACCUCCGCUUAUCUUGGAAGACUAUGUUAAAGCAUAUUUAUAUAUGCAUAUUCUUUUCUGCCACUGUUUGUAACAGUUUUUCAUGUUGACGAAAGUUAAAGAUGUGGCUAAGAAAUAUAUUUCAUUCAUUAAAAAGCAAAAAAAUUAA